UGACCAACUACAACUCUUCAAUACUCCAUUAAAAAAAAAAAAAAAAAAAAAAAAAAAACUUUAUAAAAGAGUUGAAAAACACAACACUAUAUCCCUCCCUCUGCAUCAUCAUAUCAUACUUAUAUCGUCGCCAUUUCUAUUCUCAAACUCAAGCUUUUUUCGCCUUCUCUAUCUUUUCUCUUUACUUGCCGUAUUUUCUCCCUCCUCCCUCAAAAAAUCCUUUAUUUUAUCCUCGUAAACUGAGAUUUGCUACAAACUAAGAAUUCAAGCACUCAAUUUCUGUCAAAUUUGUAAAAAAUGUUCAAGGGGAGAAGAUUGUUUCAACCUGUAUGAAAUCGACUCGAUUCGUACUCUUGCCAAAUUGUGCUAUUGUUGAAGAUCCACUGUUAAGAAGCUUCGUUUUCUGUCGCGUUUGAUUCAUGAUGUACCAGACAAUUAGCCCGGAUAAUUUAGGUUCAAGUAGCGUUAGAAAACCAAACACAAACAAUUUCAAAUCAAGCAAAGAAGAUCAUCAUCAAAACGGCGGCGAAAACGGGCGAAUAGCAGGAAGCAGCAGUGCAGCAAAUGUUACUCCGGCCACCACAACAACAAUAACAAGUUUUGAUGGGAACGGAUUGAUGCAUAAAUCUCCUCCUCGAAAUCCGCAUCCACAACAACAACAACAAGACAACCAUCAUCACCACCUUCAUCAUUCCGCCUCCAGUUCUUCUGCGGUUCAUCAAAACCAUGAAAGCAGCAGCGCGUGCGGCGGCGGCGGAAGCAGUGGUGAUAUGCUGCUACAAUGGGGUCAAAAUAAGAGAUCGAGGUGUUCAAGAACCGAAGGUCGCUCCAUGGUCAGUGUUGUCUUGGAGAAGCAUCACUCAAGUAAUAAUAAUCAUAUAAUGCCACCACCACAUCCACAUCCACUUCCACUACAAAAUCCUAACCCUUCGUCUUUGCCGUCCACUUCUGGUAAUAAUGGUACUAGAACUGGAGUUUCUACCAGAGUUCGACCACAUGGUUCGUGUACCCCUUCCUCCACCAAGAACAGGAACUUGGUUGAUCAAAUGGGUACAAAUAGCGCGUCCCCGUCGAGAAAUGGUGGGGUAAGCAGUAGUAGUAGCCGUCUGGUUUCUAGAUCUACGGUGGUGGGGAAGCGAUCCCCAUCUUGUAUAGAGAAGAAUGAUAAGAAAGUUGGGGUAAUUAGGAAAGUGAAAUCAGAUGAUUCUUUAGCGCCUCCUCCUACUAGCAAUGGAAUUAAUCAUGUUGAGCACGAGCACGGUGGUGGUGCCGCCGCGAUGGUCCGUUCUCCGGUGACGGAUGCCGAGAAGGGCGGUGGUAGUGAAGUGGUUGAAUGGCCAAGGAUAUUCCUUUCACUUUCAAGGAAGGAAAAGGAGGAUGAUUUUUAUGCAAUGAAGGGUACUAAAUUACCGCAUAGACCCAAAAAGAGGCCCAAGGCUGUUGAAAGAGGCCUUCAGUAUUGUUUUCCAGGUGUUUGGCUCUCAGAUUUGACGAGGGCAAGAUAUGAAGUUAGAGAAAGGAAGAGUACCAAGAAGCCAAAGCGAAGGGGGUUGAAAGGACUGGAGAACAUGGAAAGUGAAUCAGAAGAGUAGCCAUGCAAGGCGGCACUCGACAGCUUCCUCACAAGAUCGGGUUCUUCGAGAGAAACUAUUGCCCCCCAACGGCCACAUGAUCUGUACUGUAUUUUGAGAAGUAUGGCGUUUGCUUCAUCUCAACCACGAGCUUUGGUUCUAAACAGGCUUCUUUUGGAUGGGGGAAGGUUUAGCUUUAUUGCGAAUAAAGCUUCGCCUCGAGGUUAAGUACUUGUUAGAAAGUGUGUAGGGAGCAAUCAAGCUUGUUGUAAUGGUAAACUUGCACGUCAAUUAUUAGGAAAAUAUCUAAUACCAAGUAAGUGCUUUCGUUGUU